AACAGUAGGUUCUGCUGUCAGGAUAAAAGGUAGAAAGUGAUCCCAGGCCCCCAGGUCACAUGCUCAGUGGGUGACUGAGGACCAGCAGUGCCUUCUUCCUCUGUCUUGGAAGGCUUCCGCUCCCUGCUUCCCAGCCCUUCAUAACUGCCGCCUCACAGCUGAGCACCACAUGAUCCCAGUGGGGGAAACUGAGGGCUGACAAAGCAGAAGGGGCUUGAUUCCUGGCAUCCUGGGGCCCAGGGCUGUUGGGAUUCUUUGGGGGCUCGGCUGCUUGGAAUAGGGGCUCCAGGCAUGGGGGCAGCUGGGAGAUGGAAAGGCAGCAGAUGAGGCUGGAGACCUUUGGCCUCUCAGAGACGGAUGAAGCCCCCUCACUAGGUGGGUGGCGAAACUGAGGCUCAUGGCCUGUCUGUGAGUGGCAGAACCAGCACGAGGCUCUGUGCCAGGCUGCUCUCUCACUUUUAAUUCUCAUCAAGGAUGCAUUUGCUCCUGGCCUCCAGCCGUCCUGGCCUUCUAACGGAGGCUUGGUGCUCGUUUUAUUUUCACUUGUUGAAAAUUGUUCCAGCUUAAAGCUUCCAAUUUCCAUGAAGUCAUUGGAGCCAGGAGCCUGGCCCAAUGCCUCCCCCCACUUGUGUUGAGGGCCCCGCUGCAGCUGGGAGCGGCCCCCCCCCUACAGCCCCGGAGGCGCUGAGCUGAGGGUUCGGCUGUAGCUUUUGUGAGGCGGCUGCUGCGGAGCAGGAAGUUGUGGGUCCCAGAUGCGACUUGCUCUCGUUAGGUAGCCGGGCGAAGUCGGCCUCGCAUGUGUGAGCCAGGACGCGGGCCGAGAAGGGGCGGGCGAGGGACGGCCCACCUCCACGCUGGCUCCUCAGACCCUGGCCUGGCCGUCCGGGGGCCCCGGAGGAGAGCCAGAGCCGAGGACCCCGUGUGUCUGGUCAGCCCGGCCCGGAUGCAGAGGAAGAGGCCAGUGGUGCUGUAAGCCGGCCUGGCCGCGGAGCGGAGCGGGCCCUGUGUGGCCCACGCGGCUGCCUGCUGAGGGGGCCCCUGCCCAGCCCGGCCUGCCAGACUCCGAGAGGCCGGAGGCCUAGGCCCACCAGGGAGGGUGUCUGCAGACAGAUGCUCCCCAGGCCGUGGGGUCUCCUGAGGGCACUGCCGGGCGGGUGGGCCUCGGGGGGAAGAUGCCAGCCAAGGGGCGCUACUUCCUUAACGAGGGAGAGGAGGGCCCGAACCAGGACGUGCUCUACGAGAAGUACCGUCUCACCAGCCAGCACGGGCCGCUGCUGCUCACGCUCCUGUUGGUGGCUGUCACUGCCUGCGUCGCCCUCAUCGUCAUCGCCUUCGUCUGCGGGGACCCCUCUGGACACCAGACUGUCCUGGGGACGACCUUCUUCACACUUGCUGUGUUUGUGGUUCUCUACGUGCUGGUUUAUGUUGAGUGCCUCGUCCGGCGGUGGCUCAGGGCCUCGGCGCUGCUCAUCUGGGUCUGCCUUAUGAUGCUGGGCUAUGUGCUGGUGUUCGACUCAUGGAUAAAGACAACCCACAUGGGGGCACAGGUGCCCUUCUUCCUCUUCAUUGUGUUCGUGGUGUACACGCUGCUGCCCUUCAGCAUGCAGGGGGCCGUCGUGGCGGGGGCAGUCUCCAGCAUCUCCCACCUCCUCGUUAUCGGGACUCUGAUGGAGGCCUUCACGACACCCAGUGUCCAUGCAGGGCUGCAGCUGCUGGCCAACGCUGUCAUCUUCCUGUGUGGGAAUCUCACGGGCGCCUUCCACAAGCACCAGAUGCAGGACGCCUCCCGAGACCUCUUCACCUACACUGUCAAGUGCAUCCAGAUCCGUCGUAAACUGCGCGUCAAGAAGCGUCAGCAGGAGAACCUGCUGCUGUCGGUGCUGCCCGCCCACAUCUCCAUGGGCAUGAAGCUGGCCAUCAUCGAGCGGCUCAAGGAGCGCGGGGACCGCCACUACAUGCCCGACAACAACUUCCACAGCCUGUACGUCAAGCGGCACCAGAACGUCAGCAUCCUCUAUGCCGACAUCGUGGGCUUCACGCGGCUGGCCAGCGACUGCUCCCCCAAAGAGUUGGUGGUGAUGCUGAACGAGCUCUUUGGCAAGUUCGACCAGAUCGCCAAGGCCAAUGAGUGUAUGCGGAUCAAGAUCCUGGGUGACUGCUAUUACUGUGUGUCGGGCCUGCCCGUAUCCCUGCCCACCCAUGCCCGGAACUGUGUGAAGAUGGGGCUGGACAUGUGUGAGGCCAUUAAGCAGGUGCGAGAGGCCACAGGUGUGGACAUCAGCAUGCGUGUGGGCAUCCACUCGGGGAACGUGCUGUGUGGUGUCAUUGGGCUGCGCAAGUGGCAGUACGACGUGUGGUCCCACGACGUGUCUCUGGCCAACAGGAUGGAGGCGGCUGGAGUCCCUGGCCGGGUGCACAUCACAGAGGCCACGCUGAACCACCUGGACAAGGCGUAUGAGGUGGAGGACGGGCACGGGCAGCAGCGGGACCCCCACCUGAAGGAGAUGAACAUCCACACCUACCUGGUCAUCGACCCCCGGAGCCAGCAGCCGCCCCCACCCAGCCAGCACCUCCCCAAGCCCAAGGGGGAUGUGGCCCUGAAGAUGAGGGCGUCCGUGCGCAUGACCCGCUACCUCGAGUCCUGGGGGGCCGCACGGCCCUUUGCACACCUCAACCACCGCGAGAGCGUGAGCAGCAACGAGACCCCUAUCCCCAACGGACGUAGGCCCAAGGCCAUUCCCCUGCGGCGCCACCGGGCCCCUGACAGGAGUGCAUCCCCCAAGGGCAGGUCUGAGGACGACUCCUACGAUGAGGAGAUCCUCUCGGCCAUCGAGGGGCUUAGCUCCACGAGGCCCUGCUGCUCCAAGUCUGAUGACUUCUACACCUUUGGGUCCAUCUUCCUGGAGAAGGGCUUUGAGCGAGAGUACCGCCUGGCGCCCAUCCCCCGGGUCCGCCACUAUUUCGCCUGUGCCAGCCUCGUCUUCGUCUGCAUCCUGCUCGUUCACGUCCUGCUCUUGCCCAGGAUGGCGGCCCUGGGUGUGUCCUUCGGGCUGGUGGCCUGUGUGCUGGGGCUGGUGCUAGGCCUGUGCUUUGCCCACGAGUUCCUGAGGUGCUGCCCCGCCCGAGGGACACUGCAGGCCAUCUCCGAGAGGGUGGAGACCCAGCCCCUGCUGCGGCUGUCCCUGGCCAUCCUGACCAUUGGCAGUCUGCUCAGCAUCGCCAUCGUCAACCUGCCGCUGAUGCCUUUCCCGGCCCUGAGGCAGCCUGCAGGCAACCAGAGCUUGGCGGAUGGGGAUGUGAGCAGCAGGGAGCUGGCCCCAUGCGAGCUCUUCCCGUAUUACACCUGCAGCUGCAUCCUGGCCUUUGUCGCCUGCUCCGUCUUCCUGCGGAUGAGCCUGGAGCUGAAGGUGGUGCUGCUGACGGUGGCCCUGGUGGCCUACCUGGUGCUCUUCAACAUCUCCCCGUGCUGGCAGUGGGACUGCUGCAGCCACAGCCUGGCCAACCUCACCAAGACCAACGGCACCCUCAGCAGCUCCCCGUUCUGUCUGUGGAAGGACCCGAAGGCAAUGAUCAAUUUCUACCUGGUUUUGUUUUACGUCACCCUCAUCAUGCUCUCCAGACAGAUUGACUAUUACUGCCGCUUGGAUUGCUUGUGGAAGAAGAAGUUCAAAAAGGAACACGAGGAGUUUGAAACUAUGGAGAACGUGAACCGCCUCCUUCUGGAGAACGUCUUGCCAGCCCACGUGGCCGCACACUUCAUUGGUGACAAGUUAAAUGAGGACUGGUACCAUCAGUCCUACGACUGCGUGUGUGUCAUGUUUGCGUCGGUGCCGGACUUCAAAGUCUUCUACACAGAGUGCGACGUCAACAAGGAGGGGCUGGAGUGCCUGCGUCUGCUGAACGAGAUCAUCUCCGACUUCGACGAGCCUGCGAAGAUUAGAUUUAGGUCCUUGAAGAACUCGGCAGUCCCUUAUCUGUGGUUUCAGUUCCCCGGGUCAGCCGUGUUCCGGAAGGAGCGGACCCUCUGCCUGACGUGUGGUCAGAAGCUGCUCCUAAAGCCCAAGUUCAGCAGUGUGGAGAAGAUCAAGACCAUUGGCAGCACAUACAUGGCAGCCGUGGGGCUCAGCGUCCCCUCAGGGUCUGAGAACCAGGACCUGGAACGGCAGCACGCGCACAUCGGCAUCAUGGUGGAGUUCAGCAUCGCCCUGAUGAGCAAGCUGGACGGCAUCAACCGGCACUCCUUCAACUCCUUCCGCCUGCGAGUCGGCAUAAACCACGGGCCUGUGAUCGCUGGAGUGAUUGGGGCACGAAAGCCUCAGUAUGAUAUCUGGGGAAACACGGUCAACGUCGCCAGCCGAAUGGAGAGCACUGGAGAACUUGGCAAGAUCCAGGUUACUGAGGAGACCUGCACCAUCCUCCAGGGACUAGGUUAUUCUUGCGAGUGCCGGGGACUGAUUAACGUCAAAGGCAAAGGCGAGCUGAGGACUUACUUUGUCUGCACAGACACGGCAAAGUUCCAAGGGUUGGGACUGAAUUGAGGGCUUCUGGGAGGUGAACAUGCUGGAAGCGGAUUUUCCGUCCCUGAAGCAAGCCACAGGGAGCACUCGGCCCUACGCCAGUCACAGAGGCAUUCCAGGGGUUUGGCCAUCACUACCCUGACAAGGUGGCUGUGUGUGGCCUCCGUGGACUUGUGCUAGAGGAUUUCUCAGAACGUGCACCAGACUCCAGCCCGAGGCUACCACCGAGCCUCGCCACGCACAGGCAGCUGGGACAUGCGGAUCCCCUGGGUACUGUGGAGAUCUCAGAGGGGGAGCCAGACACACAACUGGCCAUGGCCUGCCAGCCGCACGGGGGGGACUGGUCUUUUCUAGGUACAGAACCACGACGAGCUGUCCAGGAUGGGUUGGGCACGCCUUUCUCCCAGUGGAGCAGCAACAGGGCUGUACGUUUCUCACACAGGCACCCUGGUAAACAGAGCUGAAAAUGCGGUUUUCCAUCUAUGAUUUCACACAGUAGGGAGAGAACAGCACAACAGAGGCUUGUUACUUGUCCUCUCUGGCAGGUGUUUGAUUUAAAUGGGUAUAUGAUUAGUGGAGUUUUACCCUUUCUAAUGACUUCUUAGAUGCCAGACAAAAAUCUCUUCCCUCCAGUGUGUUGUCUUUUUAACCACGUCCGCUGACGGCUUAGCCCUGCUGGGGCUGAGGAACACGGCUGUCACACAGCAAGAAGGCAAGGAGCGGCACAGCCCGGAAAGAAAGGCACGGCCUCUCAGCCCUUCCCUGACCACCGUGUGUACUUGGAGUGCCCUCCUGCUAUCCUCACAUCUCAGUUCCUGUCCUGGAAAGGAAGGGGGUCUGUGUAGACAGAAGGCAGACACUGUAGUGCUCCCUUUCUCUUCUUUAGUCCUCACAGCUCACUCGUAGAGCUUCAAGACGAAAAGCAUGUCCUCCGCAAGCGUGCAGAAGAGGUUCCCGGAUCUGGGAAGCCAGCCCGCUCAGAGCUGCGGAGACAGACUUGUUCCAAACAGGAGGAAUCAAAUCAAGUGCAAAAAGCCAGGUUUGCGAGAGGUAUCUUACGGUGCUGCAAGUCUAAGAGAAUCAGAAGUCAGCCUUCACUGCGUUUCAAGGUUGAGGAGGAGCCAAACUGCUUGUUCGUUUCUGAAUCAGUUUCACCGCUGCAUCCCCAGAGCACACCUGGGGCUCUAACAUGGCUGAAGUUCACUACAGAGCAGGGAUUCCCAGCUGGAGUCCUCCAGGAACCCCCUGCAAGUACAGGAAACCUGGCCCAUGGGAGACUUCAAAGGCUUACCCGGGGUUGCAGCCAAGGGCAGGGAGGACUGGACCUGAAGCCACUGUCCGCCGUCUGCCUGGGACAUGUCCAUGGGCUUAUGAGGCUCAGAAGGGGCUUCUCUGGUUCGCAGAGGUGCUGGGGGCACUAGUGCAGCUCUGAGGCCCGCAUGUAACCAGCACAGAGGCGAACGAAGUAUAAGAACUUGCUGGAUAAAGGAAUUUUGUGGCGAAAAUUCUGUUAAGGGGAAUAACCUUAACCUGUUUUAUGCACCGACUUUCCAUAUAAAGGGCUGGUUUCAGGGGGCACUACACUGAAAUGCGUCCACUUAACUCAGCAGUGACCAGGGCUGCUCAACAGGGCUCUCCUGGAGUGUCAGGGAGGUUCUGUCACUGAUGCGAUAUAGACACACACAGCCGUGUUGGGCCUGAGGUGGACAUAUUUCUACUCUUGCAAUAUUUGAAUUUUCUCUUCCGGCACCAGAAAUCCCAAUUAGGAGUUUAAAAAGUAGUUACCAUAGAUUUUUAUUUCCAGUUCAAGCACUGCGCUCAGAUAAAAAUAUUUUGUAAGUUUUUAGUUUUUCAUGUGCAGACCCUAGUGCAUAACUGACCAUAAAAAGCACAUAGUUUUGAUUUGCCUGUUUUCUGAUCCCUGAGCCCUUUCUUCACAGGCGCCAUUCUGUCUUGGGACAAGCGUCUUUGCUAACACUGACCUUUUCUAAGGGUCAAGGGCUUGCUUAAAGGUGGCCUCCCUGACUCUAGUGACAAUCGCACCUGAAGUUCUCUGGUUUACUCAUUAAGAAAAUUUCCUAAUAGAGAAGAAGAUCAUUAACCAGCUUCUACACUGUGUAUAUAACAGGUCAACAUACAGAAACAGGUUUUGAGAAGGUGCAAACAACUAGGGAUUACUCUGUAUCCUGAAUAUUUAUAUAUCUGUAACAUUUGUUUCAAAAUGUAUUUUCUUUUCAUAAAGUACCAGUGUUUCUACUUUGUUUAGCAUUUCAUUCAUUAAAUUAGCAAUCUGGAAAACGUGAA